AUGAGACUCGCAUACACGGGUCUGGGCGCCCAGAUGUCAGCAUCAGGCUUUAUGAUCCGUCCGCGGAUGGUCAACUCUGGCACUCGAGCGCCGCUACGAAGGAUACGUCAACCACGACGGAAUCAGACCUCCGGAGCAUCUACAAAACCAGAGAAGCCCUUCGAGCAGAAUUGCGAUGCUCAUGGAGGAGCAUCCGCUGAGAAUGCAGGCGCUGCGACAAACUCCGCACCACCGAGCGCAUCCUCAUCCGUAACGCAGCCGCUCAAGACCUCGGCCGUGCCGAUGACGGCGGGCGCAGCAACGGCGCCUGGGCCCACGAAUAUUGUGACCGGGUCGAAAGGACUGCGUGCGAUGAUCAGUGCCGGUCCUGUGGGACGUUUGGGCCGGUGGUAUUCUCGAGUGCAGGAGCGAAGACCCUACAUGACACAACUGUGCAGUUCCAUCGUGGUCUACCUAUGUGGAGACUUGAGCGCGCAAUUACUCUUUCCUUCAGAUCCACCUCCACCCACCAGAGUUGCAGGCCAGACCGACAAGACAGAUCGCGGGGGCGAUGAUGAGCACGUCAGCCAGGCAGGUGGAUACGAUCCGUGGAGGACUGUGCGACAUUUGAUGGUCGGCGCAGGGUCCAGCAUCCCCUCAUACAACUGGUUCAUGUUCCUUCACAACAACUUCAACUAUCCCUCCAAGUUCCUCUCGAUUUUGACCAAAGUCGUCGUGCAGCAAAUCUGCUUCACGCCCGUCUUCAACACAUACUUCUUCAGUCUGCACUCUCUGCUGGCAGGUGCCAGUAUCGAAGAAACCUGGGAACGCCUCAAAAAGGCUCUCCCCGUCAGCGUGACCAAUUCGGUCAAGCUCUGGCCUGCUGUUACCGCAUUCAGCUUCAUGUAUGUACCAGCGCAGUUCCGCAAUGUCUUUGCGGGAGUCAUCGCUGUUGGCUGGCAGACAUAUUUGAGCUGGCUGAACCAGAAGGCUGCGCGUGAGGUUCUUGCGGCGGAAUUGGCUGCUGAAACAAAACCCACGCACAGCUUGCCCACUGUGGCUGAGAAGCAGGCUUCUGUCACAGCUGCUGCAUAG